CCUGUAUCUCUCCGUAUCUCCGCCUUGGGGCGAAGAGAUUUGGUUACGUGUGUCCCAUCGAUGUUUGAGAUGACACGAGCUUUCGACUCGGAUGGUGAGUGGGUGAGAAUUUCAAUUAAGAUGGGCUGGCAGUGCGUGUGUUGUGAUGUAUCCGCUCUUGUGCGCGCAGACGUACUGGAGAACGUCGGCAAGCCCUUCGUCGACCGUGACCUCCAGCAGGAGUAAGAACACAAGACAGACAACCAAAAAGAUUCAACUGACAGCCUCCCUCCCUCCCUCCAUCCAUCCAUCUUGUUUGGUGUGUAGGCGUGAGCGCGUGAGGGUGUUGCGGCAGAUCACCCGCCAUCUCACCGAGGGCACCACGGGGCCCGACAACGAGCCAGCCAGGCGCCCCUCGCCGCCAUCGGACGCCCAGCACCUCACCCCCACCACUAUCGGUGACCGCACAGCCUCAGGGGGCCAGCAACAAGACACCCCAAAUGCAUGUGACGAGCUCAAUGACAAUAGCGCCGGGCUGCACCUCGCCAGCCCCUCAUUUGGUAGUCCCAAUGCCCCUGAGCCACCGAAAGUGGUCUCCUUCGCGCAGGACCAGUCGCCCGAGGCCUUCUCCUCACCCGCGACGCGUAUUGGGGUCGUGUCAGCGGACAAUCUGGAAGACAGCGUGUCGCGGCGAGAAGAGGACAUGCGUGAGACCGGCAGCGAGGUCAACAAGAGCCAAUCGCACAUCGGCCGGGGCGGCUUCUUCCCCUUCCUCCAGGGUAAGACGACGUGGCUGAGGCGCCAGGACAGCGGGGCGGCAGGAGCGACGGAUGCACAGACUGAGGCGACAGAUGGACAGACUGUGGAGGAGGAAGACUUUGAUACCGACGAGGAAGAGGGCGAUUUCGAACGCAAGCGAAGGCUAAACGUGAGACGACUGACAUAAAAGGAGGGAAAGGCAAUGUCUGUUUGUACGUAUGUCUGUCUGUCUGUCUGUCUCUCUCUGUGCGUGUCUGUGUGUUCAGCGCACGAUGAAUCGGGUGAAACGGCUCCUCUCUGCGUGCAAGGUCCCCAACCUCUGCAGCGGUGUGCUCUAUCUGCUUGGAGUGGUGGCACUCUUUGUCAUGGGGUUGGUCCUCAACACGAGCUACCGCACCGUGGAGACGCCGGAGUCCAAGUGGCUAUUCCUGCUGACCGCCAUCCUCGUUGCAAGGAUGGCCUCGUUUCUCUCAUUCGGUGCGUCAGCUGCUUGCCUGCAUUGUGCGCGCCUGCAUUGUGUCCGAUUGUGUGCGCCUGUGUCUCACUCAAGGUCUGCUGGUGGCCAUCAUGACGGUUGUGGACCCAGAUGCAGAUCUGCCGUCGUCACUCGUCAUAGAGACGCUCCACGAACACUGCGCACGGUGAAUAGGCAACACAGACAUCCAGACAGAGAAGCAGCACAAAGGCAAACUGGUGUGGGUGGGUUGGUGGCUGUGUAGUGUGUUGUGGUUCUUGCUGUCUCUGAUCACCUACGCUGUCAUGUUCUCGUGCAAGACGUUCGCGUCCAACUGCAAGAGACCGGACGACGGCGAGUGGGACAUCAUCGAAAUGCAGGCAAGGAGAUACCUGCGGGUCGGUCUGCUAUCCUUGUUGAUUAUGAGCCUACUGGUCGGUCGGUCAGCAAGUGUGUUCAAUCAUUGUGACACGCUGCUCAUGCUGUGUGUCCUCUAUCAUUCACCUUUCAGAGCAUCGUUCGUGAGGUGGUCAUGACGUGGGUGUCGAUUCACUCCAACACCACGCGCAACAGACAGCUCCAGCUGCUCGUGUGGAAGGAACGGGCCUUCUCGCGGCUCAACCGGGUCGUCCCUGAACUCCAUUUGCACCUCAGAUACGGUGCGCACACACAAUCAUUUUCACACACAGACACACGUGCCGAUUGCUUCACCAUCCACAUGCAUCGUGCAGAUUUCCGUCAGAAGGGGGCUCCUGAAGCCGUCAAGAGCGUCCGCACGCGCCGCAACGCAGCCAAGAGGCACCGAACCGGAUGGACCUCCCGUGUCCCGGUGUCGGCUGCAGUUGAGGGGCCGGUGGGCUCGUCUGCGGCCAGCAGCACCGGCGGCGACGGCCUCGGAGUUGGACUGAGUGGCCCUGCGCCCACGGCGUGGGAGAGCUGGCGUCAUAGAUCGUAUGUCAUCCUCCACCCCAUUCGCUUCCAUCUGAGAGGUCCGUUUGUCCGUGGCAAACACAGCCAUACAAACACAUGGGUCGAUGCAUGUGUGUUAUGAUGCCGUGUGUGUGCAGGUGUGGGUCGUGUGGAGAUCACUCGCAAGAGGGAGGUGCGGGAGUACGGCAACCAGCUGUUCACGCAGCUGCUGGAGAUACAGGCCAAGCUGAUUGAGGAAAACCGGCUCUCCAUGGAGUCGUUCGCCAUUUUCCGGCCCCCUUGCGGAGACACCGCCGCUGCCGCCCACGAGCAGAGACAACGAGGCGAUGACGGAGGCGCUUCGCCGCAGACCGUCUCGUACAACAUCUUCGGACGAGAACUGAUUCGUCAGUACAUCACAUCGCCGGAGGACGCUGAGCGGCUCCUGCUGCUGCUUGACCCCUCUGGUGAUUCCCCCCACCCCAAACACACACAGAUGCGCAUUAAAGCAUGAGAUAUGGAUGUGUGUGUGUGGUGCAGGCACUGGGCGUGUCACGCGCUCCCGAUUCCUGAGCGCACUGUUGGCGGCGUACAACGAGAGGAAGCAGCUGUUGAAGUCACUGGAGGUGGAUGAGUCGGUCGCCGACAUCCUCAAGUCGCUCCUGUGGAUGCUGCAGUGGUGCAUCAUCAUCAUAACCGUCCUGUGGUUGCUGGGCGUCAACCCCUACACGACCAUCCUGGGGUUCGCCUCCAUCUCCGCUGGCGUCGCAUUUGCACUUGGCAACUCGAUUAAGAACUUUGUGGACUCGCUGGUGUUUGUCUUCAUCCAACACCCGUUCGAUAUCGGCGGUAUGUGAGACAAACAGAGACAGAUGGAUGGAUGAAUGAUUGAAUGGAUCGAUGUGUUAUAUAUGUUUUCCUCCGUGGGCAGAUCGUGUAAGUGUGGAUGGCGAUGUGGCGAUGAACGUCCGGCGAAUCUCUGUCAUGACCACCACAUUCGAGUGAGUCAGCGAGAGAACGAUCUACGGACGAUGGCGCCCACCUUGCUUGUGUUGUGUGCACUUAGGACGAUCCACAACAAGAAGGUUGUGCUGCCAAAUUUCCAGCUGGCAAUCGCCAAGAUCAUCAACGAGACGAAGUCGCCCGCCGCAGUUUUUGAAAUCCUCUUCCAGCUGUCGAUCAAGACGUCAAUGGAGCAGUUCUUUGAUCUGAAGCGAUCUGUCAUCGAGUACUGCUGCAGCCUUCCCGCCCACUGGAUAUCGAACCCUCCACCAGACAUGCACAUCUACAGCUUCCAGCCCAACCACUCCUUCCAGGUACACAAUCGAUCAGCCACAUAGCUUAGUGGACACUCAUGCCACGCCAUGCCCCAUGGCGUGUGUCUGUCUGUGUCGGCUCGGCUGUGCUCAGGUUGGCCUGUGGGUGGCUCACACGAUGACCUGGGGCGAGUGGCAAAACAUAUACCCAGCACGAACCAGAUUAUUCUGGUACCGACUUCGUCACUCACCCAGCCGCAUGUAUGCUCUGUAUGCUUGCAGGCACCUGAUGCAGACAUUGGACAAGCUGGGCCUGGAGUACGUCCUCCCCAUCCAGCCGUACAUGAUCGUCAACGCCUCCAAGUCAGGGGAAAACAACGACCAGGACACCUCACUUAGCCACGCCCCCUCGCCAGACAUCAACAGCUUCCAGCCCACACCCAGGGUGCAGCAGUUCUUUCUGCCACAUGUGCAGGAGAAUCGCCAUCCUGGUGGCCAAAAGGACUGACUGGAGGCGGAAGUGUGUAUAUGUACAUGUCCCGUCUAUUAUGUAUUGUGCACCGCCUGCUCAUGUCGGGGCAUUCAUUCAUUCUUGUGUGUGCGUGCGCGUGGUGAAGAGGUGAUCAUUUGUGGCCUUCCCUGAUCGAGCAUUUUGUGGCCUACGUACACAAAGCGUACGUCAAUUUUGUUGACAGGGGUUGGGUGGGCCGGUCGGGGCCCGGUGGAUGACGGACGAGUGGCGGUGAAGGCAGUGACAGAUAGACGGGGCGUACGCGCACCAGCUAAUCAUACAGCUGUCAGUGUCCCGUGUGGAUGAGUGUGGAGAGGUCUCAGCUGUUGAUAAAUGAACGGAGA